GCGCGCGCGCGUGGACGCCGCGAGCGGUGCGCGCGCCGGAGUCGGAGGAUGAGAAGGACCCGACGCGCGCGCGCGCGACGGAUUCGGCGCGAUCGGGGGAGGGCUCGAGCGAGGGAUGGGGAUUUCUGAGCCCGUUCGGCGCGAGCGGCGCCGUCGCGGCGCAGGCGGAGGAACGGAACGAACGGCUGGUUGGAGGGAAGCGGAGGACGGCGUGCGCGUUGAAGAUCGAUGGACAGUGGUAUGAUGCGAGUGGAUGGGCGCUGGCGCAUCCGGGUGGGGCUGGAUUCGUGCGGUUGAUGCACGGGCAGGACGCGACGGACGUGUUUUACGCGCUGCACUCGUACGGGCCCAACGGCUCGGACGAGGCGCUAAAACGCCUGCGAGCGCUGCCGAAGUGCGAUGCGCCGCCCGAUUCGGAAGACGGAGAGACGAGGCGGUUGACGGUGGCGAACGCCGAGUUCGGGGAGCUUCGAUCGAUGCUCGAGCGAGACGGCUGGUUCAAACGAGACUUCUUAUCCGAACUCUCCGUCCUGGCUCAGGUGUUGGCGUGCUACGUCGUCGGUCAAGCGAUCGCGGCGACGCAUCCGGUGUGGGCCGCGAUCUCAAUCGGGAUCGGGAUGCAGCAAGCGGGCUGGCUCGCGCACGAUUACGUGCACGGACGCGGUUCGUGGUGCACCGUGAUGCGCUGCUUUGGCGCCCUAACGAAUGGGUUCUCCGCCGAGUGGUGGUCGCACAAGCACAACAUGCAUCACUCGUUCACGAACAUCGACGGGAAGGAUGGUGACAUCAAGCUCGAGCCCCUUUAUUACCUCUCCCCUCCCGAGACGAGCGGCCGCCCGGACAGUUGGCUGAGAAAGUUCCAGCACAUUUACGGCUACCCGCUCUACGCGUUCACGUACUUCCUCUGGCGUCGCCACAGCCUGGCGAGCGCUUGGGCGCGCAAGGACAAGGCCGAGCUCGCUUUGCUCGGCGUCCACUACGCGUGGCUCUUCGGUACCCUUCCUUUCGGGGUCGCCAUCGGCUCCAUGCUGGUCGGUGGAUUCCUCGUGGGAUCUCUCGUCACCGCCACGCACCAGAGCGAGGAAAUCAUGUACGAGGACGGCUCCUUUGUCGAUAUUCAGUUCCGAAGCACUCGCGAGGCGGACGUGAAGAAUCCGCUCGAGCGAUGGUUCUGGGGUGGAAUGGACACGCAACUCAUUCAUCACCUGUUCCCUACGAUGCCUCGGUACAAGCUGCACAAACUUCGCCCGAUCGUUCAGGAGUGGGCGAGCAAACACGGCUAUGACUUCAGAAUCUCUGAUUCGUGGGACAUCCUGAAAAAGAAUUACCGUCAUCUCGAAGGCAUCGCCGCGCUGGAGCAAAUCUCGCUCUGUUGA